ACUGUUACUCGAUGUAUGAUACAUGGGCCUUGUGGUAUACUUGCACCAAAUGCUACAUGUAUGCAAAAUGAUGCCUGUUCAAAAAACUAUCCCAAGCACUUUAUUGAUAUUACUACAGAGGAUAAAAAUGGAUAUCCGUUAUAUAGACGGCGGGACAACGAGCACACUAUUCAAUUAAGAAGCUGCACAUUAAACAAUAG